UUUGAUGUCAAAGUCAAAUCAAUAAUUACGAAGUAUGAACUGUGUUUGUUUUGUUUGAUUCAAGUGAAACUAAUAACUAUAAAAUGCGAUGGAACGAAGCCGUUACAUUGGAAUUCGUAAAGAUCUAUUUAAAACACGAAUGUUUAUGGAACCCUUCACAUCCAGAUUAUAAGAUAAAAUAUGAAAGAGAUAAAGCUUACGCGGAUAUUGCGUCCGAAUUUCAACUUUCUACAAUGAAAAGUUUAAGUAUUCCUGAAAUUAAAAUAAAAAUAAAAAACCUUAGGACUACAUACUUACAACAAGUUCACAAGAUAAUCCAAUGUUCGACUCCAGACUGUAUUUAUGAACCUUCCUUAAUUUGGUUUCACGAAAUGGACCAAUAUAUGAAAAACAUUCCUACAAAUCGACAUUCUGCUUUAUAUAAUACUACUCAAGAGACUUCUGUAGUUGAUUCAUCCUGUCAGAUAUGGGUAGACCAAGACCAGCCAAAUGACAAUACAGAAGAAUCUGACACAAAUCCACUCAAUCCAUCAACUGACACAGAAUAUGAUUCAACAAAACCGGGAAUUUCUUUGCAUAUAAAGAAAGAAGCAGAUUAUUCUUCUCAAACAUUUAAAAAGAUUAAAAAGAAGAAAACAAAGCGCCUAUCUUCUGAACAGCAUUAUUCAACAGAUUCAACUUCAGAAUCUGUUGCUUUAGAAGAUGAGUUUGACAUCUAUGGCAAAUACAUUGCCUCGCAACUUAGAAGUAUGGAUUUACAAAAGGCCUUGCAACUUCAGCUAGAAAUAAAUAAUCUUGUCAGCAGAGCUAGAAUUUCAGAUCUAUCCAAUGAGAGUUAAAAAUGCUACACAUUAAAAAAAAUAUUUUCUUAAUGACCUAGUACUUAAUUUUAUUAUUAUUUUAAGUAUGUA